GACUUCGGACCCAGAUCGACCGGGUUCAAUUGCAACUUCUAAGUUGCCCCCGUAAAGCGAAUGAACACUAUAUUUAGGCAAAUUGCCACCACGUAAAGCACUCAUCACGUGAAUGAACUUGGCAAUAAAUAUUUUAUUUCAUUUGCUUAAAUACAGUUGCUGAUAUAGUUUCAGAGUAUAGUCCGUAUAUAUUCAAACGAAGAUCACCGGUACUCUAUGCAAGACAGCUUUAUCACUAUAAUCGGGCAAGUAAAUCGUUUUUCACGAAAUACUUGGAAUCACAGUAAUUGUUCAAGAUGUUAAAAAACGUUUUGUUUGUCACUCUCUUUGCCGUUGUGAUAGCUGUCGGUGCCAAAAAACCAUGUUGUGGCCCAACAAAAUUUAUGGCAGGCAAUGGGUAUAAGUGGGGCAGGUAAUUACGGACCCUGACACCAAUAUGUCCCACUCGGAAGGGUUCUUUACCUAUCAGUAUGGUGCCUUUGACUUUGAAAGGAAGAUGUUUGGUUAUAAUAUGUCAGUUACCUACCCCAACGGUACAUCGACACUCAUUAGGCUGAUCCAGAAUUACGCUCAGAAGUACCAGUAUAUAAUUCUUGAUGCAUUGCGGUACUGCCAGAAGCAAGAGGUCACAGAGCCACAACCAACCAAUUGCAUUCCUAAUAACGCAACAUGGCAAUCCAGUUUUCGCAUCGGGGGCGCCAAAGGUGGUAGUCUGUUUGCAGAUUCGUGGACCUAUAAGUUCGUUCACCCUAAGGAUGCUGUACAGGGCGACAUCGUAGCAAAUGUCUUUCAGGAUGACUGCUCACCAUUUAGUACUACCUUCAUUGGUGAUCGAUUUCAAGGGGACCGUAAAGUUCCUCUAAUCAGUAUGGGAGGCCUCCUGAACUUGACGAGUGGUAUCCCGCAUCCCGAAGAAUGGUUCACUGUACCAGACUUCUGUCCUAAAGAGAUCAACAGCCUAACGACAAACAUGGCACGAUCUGCACCAUACCUACCAAAUCUGGACUUCCUUCAACUGCCUCUACUUUUUUAAAAUACAAUGGGCAUCCUUGAACAAACUGAAAUAUAGUGACGAAAAUCAUCCCCCAUGUCGACGAACAAGAAAUUCAUCCUUGAAAUGCACAUGGAACGGUGUCAUCAUGUUCACCGUUACACAUAAAAAAAUAUUUAUACACUCUUAAAAUGUUGGCCAACAUACUGUCCACACAGCAAUUGGUUAAAGCUUUAUCCAUUUCUGGGUAGUUUUAAACCAAAUAAUGUGUGCUUUGGGUGAAAACUUCACAGUAUUGGUUGAAAACUACCCAAAGUUGGAUAAAUUUUUAAACAAUUGCCGUGUGGACAGUAUGUUGCCCAACAUGUUAAAGAGUGUAUAGAAUAUAAUUAUUUUAUACAAUUCCAUUCCAUUCUCUAAUCUUCCCCAUGUUUCUUUGACAUCCACACGCAUUACGCUCACCCCUACCCGUACUUUUUUUUCUUGCAACCUCCAUCUCUCUCUCUCUCUCUUCCCCCUCUCUCUCCCAGGGUGUGCACGGGUGUGUGUGAGGGAGUCUCCCUCACACACACACAAACACACUUGUGUGCACCCUCACCCACCAUGUUCUCUCUCAUAUACACGUCGACAAAUGCACUAUCGUUCUUUUGACAUCCUUCCGCCCGUGAUAUACUUCAAUGAGGAAUCUAAAGACAAAUUUAUAUCAGUAGGCCUACGUUUUACUAAAUGAAUCGGUAUGAUUAAAUACAUGAAAAGCGAGAGCGAAGGAAGAAUUAUGUUUCGCUAAGUGGCUAAUGUACAACAGUACCGCCCACAUAAAAUGCAUGAAGGCAAGUGCGCAUGAAAGCGAAGAAAGAGUCUGUUUCGCAAUUGUAUACCGUCCAUUACUCGUUCAAUAAUCGACAAAGCUAUUUUUUAACACGAUUGCACAUUUCAGAACGUGAUGCCCUAAUGGCAAAGGGCACUUUCCGUUAUUGAUCACAAUUUUUAUUGACUAUAUUCAAAGCAAUAACGGGUUAAUUGUUAAUGACGGUCGGCGAACUUAAACAUAGGCGUCGACUGACUGUAUUGGCCUGUGGUGAAAUGGAAGUCUAUAUGAAAGCAUUAAAUAAAAAGUUAUAAAAACUGACGAGAAGAUGAAAUCACAGAACAAACUAGAUUCCUUAAUUCUGGAUCGUCAAAUGAAUACUCAAAUUAAAAUCAAAGUCUAUUUCAUUCCUCUUCUUAGUUAUAAAAGGGAAUUCAAUUGAGACAUAUAACGGCAAUUGUACGAUUAUCUCUGAUUGUUGUCCAUGUUUUACAACCAUGAUUAAACCAAUUAUUAAUAAAUAAACUAUAUAUUCGUA